GUUUCAAUGAACUUCAUAAAACUUCAUUUUCUUUCUACUUUUAAGGCCAGCGAGAAGAUGAGGUCCCUCAAAUUCUUCAGCCUUUGCGUUCUUGGCUUCCUGAUCUCCAGUUCCUUCCCAGAAACCAAAGCUGACACUUGUGCCAGGGAAUGGCUUCAAAACCAGGGCAACUGCUAUGCCUUUUUCGAUAACAAGCUGACAUGGCAAGAGGCUGAGAUUGAGUGCCAGAGCUAUGGCCGUGGAGCCCAUCUUGCCUCUGUCCUCACCAAGGCAGAGACCCUUCUGGUGGCCGAACACAUCUCCGCUUACCAACAAGAACCAAGCAAUGUCUGGAUUGGGCUCCAUAAUGUUCGUCAUACCAGGAAAUGGAGGUGGGCUGAUGAAUCAGUCUACAACUACAAUGCAUGGAUGCCCAACCAGCCCGACAACUACUUUAACUCUGAGCACUGUGUAGAACUUCGACUUUCCACAGGUUUCAAGCAAUGGAAUGAUAUCCAGUGCAGUACUCGCAAUGCCUACAUCUGCAAACAUGAACUGUAG